CACGCAUAUCCAAACACCAAAACAAGAGUUCGGAAAUCCAUGCAAAGCAAUGUCACUCGACCAGCGUAUACAAACCUGGCUACGACGAAUCGAACCCGUGACAAAGUCUCAACACGAUAAACACAAACAUUCCGCAAAGCGUCGGCGACUAAAUCCUCCGACUCCAGACCCUUCGCAGAGCAGCCGCAGCAUGGGCUCCCGCAGAUCUAAACGCCGCGCAAUUGAUGCCCUGGAUGUGAACGAUGACAACGACGAUAUUCUGGAUACCCCUCGACCGCCGAAACUCCAAGCUCCGAGGAGUGAAUCAGGUACCUCGUUGGCUUCAUCAUCGGCUGCAUCGGGGUAUUCUUCGCCAACAAAGCAAUUACGUGAGCUGAAAUUUCAUCCCAGAGGUGUGGAUUCUAGAGAACUUAAGGACUUUCAAAAUAAGCCUGCUAGCUUGAAAACGCUUUUGCAAAAGAUCGAUGAUAGCGUAUCCGGUUUUGGAAUUCUGCCAACGUCGCAACGGACUUGCAUGACCGAGCUGGAUAUCAAGGUCUACGACAACUUCGAGUGGGUAAAGGCAAAGCCUCCCAGAGAUAUCUUCUUCUCGGAUGACCGCGACGAUCUGGGCCAUACGCCGCCACCCGAGGUAAUCCAGACGAUUCUCCAUCAGGCGGGUGAAUGCAGUGAAAGAGGUCAUUCAGAAGCGAGCUGGAAUGUCGAGGUUCAUCAUCUUGUGCUGAAAGCUGCGUUGAGGCCUUUGCAGGGCCCUCAGUCGAGCCAGUUCUUCGACUUUCUUCUCAGCACCACUGCGUCGAUCCUGCCAGACUAUCAAGCGACAUCAGCGUCUAAGAAAGUUGAUUUCUGCAUGUAUAUCGACCCGCAGCAUGACGGAUCCGCGCAAAUACGCGAGACUAUCCUAGCUUUGAUGAAUGUUUUACCAAUGGGCAUGUUCAACCAUACUAACCUAUUGCCGCUAUCCGACCGCCCUAUAGCAGUCAGCAUUGAGACUAAAAAGACAGGCGAAGGGUGGGACAACGCUCGGCUUCAGAUGGAAGUAUGGAUGGCAGCCCACUGGCAAUUCCUCCGCAAGGUUCUUCAGCUACAUCGCCUUGCCGCAGGGGCAGUAUCCUCUCUGGAACAAACAGCCGGGUUCAAUUCAUAUGAGACGCGGAAAUUACCAGAAUUUCUCCCCGGUAUUAUCAUCCAAGGGCAUGAUUGGUAUCUUAUCAUCACGACUUCAGAAGGUGAAAAGACUAUUUUCUGGCAUAAGGAGAAUUUUGGCCAGACGUCCAAGUCAAAGGGGAUUUAUACGAUUAUUCAUAAUUUGCAAUUAUUGCGGAAAUGGGCGCAGGAGGUGUAUUGGGAAUGGAUGAGAGAAUUAUUACUCAGCUGGCCGCGGCAUAGAGGGAAAGUUUUUGCUGUUGCAGAUUAUUAAUGGGGUUUUCUUGAUCUCCAUUUUGGAGUUAUUGCACAGUAGAGGCAAGCAAUGAGUUGAUGAGAUAUGAUACCCUUUUAUAAUAGUAUAUGC